GGUCCCCGCCUGCAGGAGCUGCGCCGCCCGCUCCGGGGCUCCGCGGGAGAUCUGAGCGAUCCUCGGUGCGCGGCUCCGUCGGCGGUGAUCCGGCGCUGAGAGGUCACUGAGGCUGAGCAGUGUGGGCUGCAGAUGGAGAUGGUUUGACCACUGAUUGUGGAGACGCCGGCUCCGAGGCCCAGGUAGGACGUGUCUGCCCUGCCAUGGCUGCUGCACUGGGGCUGCCAUCGCCCCACUGUCCUCCAUAGCCUGCCAGAAGCAGAUUGCUGCCCUGACGUGCCACCAUGGAGCAGCCCACGUGGGUGCCUCAGCCCCCGCGCAUCCUGGGCUCCUGUGGGCAGAAGGCAGAGGCCGCAGGGGAGAUGCCACCGGACCCGGUGCAAGAACCGGGGGACCCUGAGGAGCUGCACAUUGCCCUGCCCCUGGGCGAGGAUGGGCAGCUGCUGGAGUGUCCCCUUUGCCUGCUUCCUCAGCCACCUGAGGCCUUUCCCAGCCUUGUCUCCUGCUCCCACCGCUCGUGCCGGGCCUGCCUGCAGCAGUACCUGCGCAUCGCCGUCAGCGAGAGCCGUGUGAGGGUGGCCUGCCCACACUGCCCCACCGUGCUGCAGCCUGCCGACGUCCACAGCCUCCUGCCAGAGCCUGCCCUCCGUGACAAAUACGAGGAGUUCCUCCUGAGGAGGCUUCUGGCAGCUGACCCUGGCACCCGCUGGUGUCCCGCACCGGACUGCAGCUAUGCUGUCAUUGCCUAUGGCUUUGCUGAGUGUCCUCGCCUCACCUGUGGACGUGAGGGCUGUGGCACCGAGUUCUGCUACCACUGCCGGCAGCUGUGGCACCCUGAUGGGCCAUGUGCAGCAGCGCCGCUGGCCUCCAGCCUAGCCAGCCCCUCUGCACAGCUGGUUUACGCAGAGGAGUCUGCUAAUGCUGAGGCUGAAGACAUCAAGGUUUGUCCCCGCUGCAGUGCCUUCAUUAUGAAGAUCAAUGAUGGGAGCUGCAACCGCAUGAACUGCACGGUGUGCGGCUGCCUGUUCUGCUGGCUCUGCCUGCAGGAGAUCUCUGACGUGCACUUCCUGAGCCCAUCUGGAUGCACCUUCUGGGGUAAAAGGCCCUGGUCAAGGACCCGGAAGAUCCUGUGGCAGCUGGGCAUGGUGCUGGGGGCACCUAUGGUGAUCUCCCUCGUCGCAGGCAUUGCUGUGCCUGUCAUUAUCAUUGGCCUUCCCAUCUACACGGGUAGGAAGGUGCUGGGCCAGAGCCGAAGGAGCAGCUUGUCACCUUGCCAGCAGUGCUUCUCCGUCACCAGCGGCGUCCUCCUCUCUCUCUUUGUGUCCCCCAUCAUAACAGCUGUCACGGUGGGCAUUGGUGUGCCCCUGAUGCUCACCUAUGUCUAUGGAGUGGUAGUGCUGUCUCUGUGCCGGAGCCGCAGUAGCUGUGGCCGCAGCCAACCUGGGGACCUUGGUGUGGUAGAGCUGGAGAACUUGACCAAGCUGAACGAGCUGUGGUCAGUGCUGCCCAGCCCCAAGGGUGUCGAGGACGGAGUCGCAGACCCAGCCACCUCUUUCCCCAGCAGCAGCCACAGCCCACGCCCCAGGGUGAUGUGGAAGGAGCAGGACAGCCACUCAGCCAGCACCGUGGCCCUCGCAGGCAGCACGCUGAGCGAUACAUCCUACCGAGAAGGCAUCAACAUCGAGGUGGAAGUGGCGAUUGAAUCAGUGCCGCAUCCCAGCCGAGAGCAAAGCCUGUGCAGCCCACAGUCAGGGCAGUCUCUCUCAGGGGACUCCCUGGGGGGCACCAGCGACAAGUGCAGCGUCACAGGUGUCCCAGUGGAGUGAAGAGGACAGAGCAGCAGUGAGCUGGGAGAAUCAUGAGCUGCAGAGCACCCAUUUCAACUCCCAUCAACGUGAAGAGCCCACGCCUUCCUUUGGCAGCCCUGGAUGCCAUCCACGUGGCAUCAGCAGCCCUAGGGCCUGGAUCUGGCCAUCCCCAGACUCGGCAGACCCUCACCCCACACUCAGCACUGCCUGCUCCCUGUUGUAUCCAUCCUGUCACACCUCUUCCCCAAAGGCAGGCUUGAGCAUUGGCACUGCUGAGAAAUAAAACACUCCAAGAGUCACA